CCCUAUGGAGAGGAUGUAGCUAGCAGUGUCGGGAUUGAUGCACAGCAUUUUUUCCACAAUAAUAAUAAUUAUCUUGGGGGUUUCGACAAUCUACUGGAGCUAAAAUAACAUCGAAGGAGACACAUUUUUGGAAGCCAGAUUUUUUCCACUUUGCGUCGCUGCGCUCGCAACUUUUUAUUGUUUAUUUUAACAGUUUGUUGAGAAGAAAUGGGUUUGCCGACGUCCACAGCAUCUUGGCGAGCAGCUAACGGGCUAAUGGCAGCCGAGAGAGGAGACGUGUAGGCUAGGCCCGAGAAAGGCCGCCUGACGGAGGCCGUGCGCUCGCUUCUCCUGUUUCUCUCUGCUGUUUUAUCUCUCCAAGCCGACCAGGUAGGCGCUUUUUUUUGCCGAAGAGGCUUGGGCCAGCAGCCGCGGUUUUUCGGACGCUUGGCUCGCUUGGCUCGCCCGGAGGAGCGGCUCCUUGUUAGCCACCGGGCUAGCGGGCCGUCUCUGAGGCGGUCUUUAGAAGAGGCUCCAGGGUCUGAAGUCAGUCAAGCAGCGCGUCUUUUCUGAGGAAUUCCCUGUGCGCGAAGCAGCCUGGUACUCCGCACGUCCCCGAGCCGCCUGCUGUUUCGAGCGUUUCUCCACAGAGGCUUCUUCGUUGUUUUUCUUUUUUUCCGGGCGGAGGAACACUGACUGCUGUGUGGAUGUGGGACAAAAUGGAGACCCCGACGAUUGUGUACGAUCUGGACACGUCCGGGGGCCUGAUGGAGCAAAUUCAAGCAUUGUUGGCGCCCCCGAAGUCCGAAGAGGGUGAAAGAAGGAGCCGCAAGCCGGAGAAAGAGGUGCGGAGGAGCGGCCGGGCCACCAACCACGACACCUGCGACAGCUGCCGGGAGGGGGGAGACCUGCUGUGCUGCGAUCACUGCCCGGCCGCCUUCCAUCUCCAGUGCUGUAACCCACCCCUGAGUGAAGAAAUGCUGCCCCCUGGUGACUGGAUGUGUCAUCGUUGCAGCGUACGCAGGAAGAAGCGGGAACAAAAGUCAGAGCAGGUGAAUGGCCUGCUGGAACGCCAGCAACAAAAGCGGCCCUCCUCCCCAGCAGCAGAGAUGGAGCAGGCCCCUGUACGGCUGGAUGGCAUCCCUGGGGGAACUGGGGGGCUUCGUGUGGCUGUGGCCCAGGUGCGCCUCCUGGAGAGGAGGGCCAGUAGCCGGCCAGGCACACCCACUUCCAAUGCAUCCACAGACACGCCCACGCCCUCAGAACAAAACGAUGUAGAUGAGGACCUGCUGGACAUGGAGGACGAAGCACCUGGAUCAGAAUCUGAAAACGCUGUUCCUCACCUGAGGAGGCCUUUCGAGCUUUUAAUUGCUGCCGCCAUGGAGAGGAACCCCACGCAGUUCCAGCUUCCCAAUGAGCUCACCUGCACGACUGCACUUCCAGGAACAAGUAAACGGAAACGAAAAGAGGAGAUGACUGGGAAAAACAUGAAGAGACCACAACAUGAGCUAGAUCACAAUGGUUUGGUUCCCCUUCCUGUGAAAGUGUGCUUUACCUGUGGCAGGAGCUGCAGAGUGGCUCCACUCAUCCAGUGUGACUAUUGCCCCCUCCUUUUCCACAUGGAUUGCCUUGAUCCCCCCCUCACUGCCAUGCCCACUGGAAAGUGGAUGUGUCCCAACCACAUUGAGCACAUAGUGCUCAACCAGAAGAACAUGACCCUCAGCAAUCGCUGCCAGCUCUUUGACCAGUUCCAGGACCGCGUGUCCCAGCAUGCUGUCAAGGUGGACUUCUUACGAAAGGUCCAUCGGCAAAACCCACCAAACCGUCGGGGACCCCAUGUGUAUAAGAAGACCCUCAAGGUCCCUGAUUCUAUAAAGUCUCAGUACCAGUGCCCCCCACCCCUGAUGGCCCCCGCUGGAAUCCGCAAUGGGGAGCUCAUCUGCAACGGUGUGCCAGACCUGCCUUCCCAGCACCUUUCAUCCUCCCAGCACUUAGCCACUGAAGCAGAGCAGCAGGAGUGGCUUCGCGGUGUCAUCGCACUCCAGUGCAGCAUAAUGAGACACUUAUCUGCCAAGCAGAUGCCGUCCUAUUGGGACUCGGAGCAAGCGGACAAGGUCGACUUCAAGCCCUGUGUGCCACCAGCUGAGGCUGAAUUCUCGUGUGCCGCAGAUCGGACACUCCAGACGGCCUCCUGCUCUGAGGCCUGCAGCACUGAGCUUGGCCCCCAGGGGGCCCCUGUACUGAACUCUGUGGGCCCCUCUGAAGAGCAGGGGCUCUGCUGCUUAUGUAAUGAAAGAUCCUGUCAGAACUGUCGGACCACCAAUGGCCCCCUGGGGCAGUCGGCUAAGGCCAAUGGGCCAGUGCCCUGUGGGGGGAGCUUGGAAGCCUAUCAACAAACUGAGCUCCAGCAGAGGCUGGCAGCCCCUUCAGACUCAGCCCAGUCCCUGACUCCUCCAGCCUCAUCCUCUACACUGCCCAACCAUGUGGGAAUCGUAAUGGUGAAGAGUGAGAACUGUGGUGUUGUCAGCCCCUGUGCCCAGAAAGCUUCAUCCCCUUGCACCAACCUCGACCCUGGACCCCCUGGGCAGCCCUAUGGAGCCACUCCAGGUGCAGGAGGAGGCCAGGCUGCAGCUUUAAUGAGUCGCAGUGUUUCCUCCCCUACUGCCGGGACACGUGCCCUCACGCCACCACGGGCCAGCCACGAUGCAAGCGCUGCCAGGCUGGCCUCUCCCACCCCACCUUCAGCGGAUGGAAAGGCCAGUCCUUGUGCGUUGUCUCCUGGAAGUGGAUCCCUGUUCCCAGACUCUGUGAUCUCCACCAUGGGAGACCUAGCUAGCUGCAUGAAGGCUGUGACUGGUGAAGAUGGAGAGAUUGAGUUGGACAAGUUGGAUGAGAAAUUCAUCAAGCUACUAGCCUGGCAGAGGAUACAGCAGCUCUUUCACCCCAAAGCGAUUCCUUCUCAGAGUGGCUGCGUGAGCCCACCCCCCACUGUCAUGACCACGCCCCCAACACCAACCUCACUGCAUACAGGGGUUGUGUUGCCACCUCCCACUCCAGUGCUGAAGACAGAGGUGCAGGCAAGAGCUGUGUUUUACCCACUGAUGGGGAAGGGAUUGCCUGUCAAUAUGUGUUACCGCAGCCUGCACAUAGGAACUGGUGCCGACAUGGAUGUGUGCCUUACAAACUACGGUUUUUGUAAUUAUGUGUCAGGAAAACAUGCCUGUAUCUUCUAUGAUGAGAACACAAAGCAUUAUGAGCUGCUCAACUACAGUGAGCACGGGACCACAGUGGACAAUGUACUGUACUCCUGCGACUUCUCGGAGAAGACAUCUCCCAGUCCCUCCAGCAGCAUUGUUUCCAAAGUGCAGAACAUCAUCCGGAGGUGUAGGAAGAGAAAGCAGGAAGAGGAUGCUUCAGAGGCAGGACCAGGGACAGUGCCACCAGAGGGUGUGAUGAGCAGUCAGUCACAGGGGCCACCAAGGAGGCCCUGCAACUGCAAGGCCAGCAGCUCCAGCCUGAUCGGGGGCAGCGGUGCUGGGUGGGAGGGCACAGCGCUACUACACCACGGGAGCUACGUCAAGCUGGGUUGCCUGCAGUUUGUCUUUAGCGUGACAGAGUUUGCGAACAAGCCGCUGAAGGAGGAAGAACAGGAGCAGCAGGAGGAGGAGGUGCAGGCAGGUUCAGUGUCAGCACAAACCAGCAAGGAGCUACCUGACAAGGAGGUUCUCAAAGGCCAUCAGGCUCCAGUGCUGCGCUCCAAUUCUGUCCCAUAGCCUGUUUCCCUGGUGACACAGGUUGCCCUUCCAGCUGACUUGUAUAGAGGACAAAAAAAUUUUUAUUUAACUGUUCAUACAUUUGCAUGACAUGAAGUAU